CAAACAUAUCUAGGCAAUUGAGAGUUUCAAUUUACAAAUCGUUAAAAACUGUAAUUGUGAAUUGCGAGUGUAUCUUCAUAUUCCUUUUGUAAAAAAAAUAUGGCGGAAUGUUGGACCUAGGACAAGAGGUGAAGAGAAGAGGGGAAGGGGGGAUAUUUGCGCGAAUAAAUAUAUAAAAUACACGCAUUGUAUUCACGCACACCAGUAGUUGAGCGCAUGGAUAGGAGAAUGAAGGGAACAUCAUAUCUUAUUCAUCUUCUUGUUCUUCUUCUAGGCUGUUGUAUAUUUGGUGUGACUAAAGGAGAUCUUUCAAGUUAUGGAUCUCCAGGUUCUACUGGAGAUCAUGAUCAUGAUCAUCAGAACAUGGACGAGUAUACAGGAGGACAAACUGAUUCAGGCAGCUUCGGCGGAAACAGUUUUGGGGUUGGCAGUCAGAGUGGUAUUGGAGGAAAUAAUGGAAACGGAGGAGGUUUUGGUAAUGGAGGAAACUUUGGAAAUGGAGGGGGAAAUUUUGGUAGUGGAGGAGGAGGUACCGUAAAUGGAGGAGGUUCCGGAAAUGGAGAAGGAAACAGUCAAGAUGGUAUGAUGAGUUUAGAAGACAGUAUUCCUGGAAUUCCUGGCCAGGAUUAUCCCAUUUAUGCUAUGGUCCAGGAAACUGGGUUCAGUUGCUCUGGAAAGGUAGCUGGUGGGUAUUAUGGUGAUGCUGGAGCUGAAUGCCAAGUGUUCCAUAUCUGUGCUGGAGGUCCUAAUGGAGAACUGAUCAACUAUAAUUUCCUCUGUCCUAAUGGAACAAUAUUCAACCAGCAAUACUUCAUCUGUGAUUGGUGGUUUAACGUAGACUGUGCUUUGACGGAGUCCCUGUAUACCAGGAAUGAUGAGAUAGCGGCAGCAGCAGAUGGUAUAGAUGCCAGCAAUAAAGCAUCAAACAACAAUCAAGGUUCUGGAAAUGGUGAUUCUGGUUUCAAUAAUAAUAGAGAAAAUGGAGGGAAUCGGGGUAACGGAGGCAAUAUCGGAAAUGGAGGCAAUAGAGGCACUGGAGGUAAUGGAGGCAAGGGGGCUGGAGGUAGCGGGGGAAAGGGUGGAAAUCAAGGAAAUCGACCCAGCUCUGUUGGUUCUGGAUAUGGAUCUCCAGUUGAAGAUUAUGAUGGGGAUACAAGUAUCUCCGACUAUACGGAUUCGUCUCCUUUAACCAGCUACAGAAUCCCAAACUAUUGAAAGUUUAAUAUGGCAUUUAGAUACCCAUGAGGUGGAGUGAGGAACGGGUUGGAACUAGAGUUAGAGAAACAAGGGAAAUUGAUAGAGAUGUGCUCGUUAAAUUUUUUUUCUCAAUUCAUUCGUUAAUCGUGAACGACCCAUUUCGUUCGUUUUUUCAAUUUUUUCAAAUAUACUAUUCGUUCAUUCUCAAAAUUAUCAAUUUCGUUCAUCUUCUCACUAUACGAUCAUUUAGUAAAUCGUUUUAUCUUCAAAAAAAUUGUUAGUUCAUUUGUGAAAAAUCGUUUGUCCAAUGAAAACUUUCGUUUUUUUAAGUUUGUCCCAAAAAUUUCUACUCAGUAGAAAAAUUUGUUCGUUCAGCUAGUAAAGUUAGACCUAAAACAUUUUGUUAAUUAAAAAAAUCACGAUGUCCAUCUCUUGAAAUGGGCGUUCUGACAAGCUCCCACACAAGCCUCUGAAUAUGUAAUAGAUAGAAGCAUUACGUUAUGUAUUCUGUGAUAUAAUAAUUACUUAGAUUAUUUAAUUAUUCAA